AUGUUACCCUUUAAAAUUGGGUUUUUCACCUAUUACGGGACCGUUGGCAUACUUACGUAUCUCCUACCUCUUUAUUUGAAACACAUAGGGUUUUCGCCAAGUCAAAUCGGGAUAGUCGCUUGCUCUAGAUCAUUGGGAGCUCUGGUCGGAGGAACUGUCUUUUCUAUGUGGUUCUUUAUGCUAGCAAAAUUCAAAUAUCUCAUGCGAAUGAUUUGUGGACUGUUACUGCUGUUUAUUCUUCCGGUUGGAAUGGUCAGUCCUUCUCCAAAGGACGAUUGUAUCAAGAAUAUGACAAGUGGGCUUGUGGACGAUCUUGCAUUUUCUGAUCGUUCAUGGAUGUUUCGGUAUGAUGAAGUGACUUUAAUGUUUAUUGCCUUUAGUAUUUUAGUGUUUUGUGCCGAUGUGUUUGCUCUAAGUUACCUAACUGCGCUACAAGGAGGAUGUAUGGUUCAGCUAGGGAAAGAGAAUAGCAAGGACUACGGGAAGAUAAGAGCAUGGGGAGCUAUAGCCCAGUCUACAGAGUUCUUGAUUAUAGGGGCGAUUGUUUCGUCAACAGUGACCAGAAGCAAAAUCUGUGGAGGUUGGUCAGUUGCGGCCGACUACCAUUACAUGUUUUACUUUAUCAUUUGGCUUUCUGUUGUGGGCAUCAUCAACAGUGGAUACAUCCCCAUUGAGGCUCCUACCCACAAAGAGUCCAAUUCGGCGGCGUCUCCGAUGACUCAGACCUUGACAUCUCUGAAGACAUUCAAGAACAUCAGCUGGCUGGUCGUACAAUUUUGUCGGAGCAUGUUUUUCUCAGCGACUCACGGCUUUUUAACAUGGCACGUCGAAAAUAUAGGUGCCACGCCAUUCUUGAUAGGCGUACUGAACGGACUUGCCACGUUCUCCCAGUUUAUAUCUUUUCUCGUUGCAACGAAGAUGAUUGACGUGUGCGGCCACGCCCUCGUCAUUGUAGCAGAUCUGGUUAGCCAAGUGGGCCGAUUUCUAGCCUUUGCUUUGAUAUCCAACCCAGACUACAUCCUCCCUUUACUAGCUGUUGAAGGACUGAUGUUUGGCGGCUCGUGGAGUGCCACAGCUACUUACCUAAGUAACCAAGUACCGGAAGGGAGUCAGACGGAAGUGCAAGGUGUCUUUCAGACGGUGCACACCACUGGCAAGGCAGUCGGCUUUCUCUUUAGCGGUUAUCUGACUCAAGCACUGGGGGCACCGGCCAUGUUCACUAUCUUCACUGCUGUUGCCUGUGGGGCAUUAAUUCUUUUUAUCAGUGCUCACAUCGUGAAAACGGAACGAAGAGUGUUGUGA